AUGUCUCCCAUAACAGUUGCCGAAGACCCGACGUGCAGUACCACCAAUGUAUCCUCACAGUCCGAACGCGGCCCGAGACAUGUAAAUCUUGAAGCCUUAACGGCCACACCGCAAUCCCCUUCCUCAAGCUGGCACGAGGACGUCCACUGCAUCAGCCCAAAAGACACCUCUAACCCGCUCCGACCCCCGACUUUUCGAACCAUCGACCUCACUCGUACCCACCAAAAACAACACCUAGCCGCCUCCUUCCGAGUCCUCGCCCGCCAAGGCUUCGACGAAGGCACCGCAGGGCACAUCUCCCUCCGCGACCCGGAGAACCCGUCACACUUUUGGAUAAACCCACUGGCAAAACAUUUCUCUCAGAUUCGCGUGAGCGACCUCGUCCUUGUGUCUGAAGACGGCAUCAUUUUACCUGGUGGCGCACAGAGCCCCAUCAAUGCUCCGGCAUUCGCAAUCCACAGCGCGAUCCAUCGCGCACGACCAGAUCUCAAUGCUGCGUGCCAUGCGCAUAGCGUAUAUGGCAAGGCGUUUAGUUGCUUCGGGCGACCGAUCGAAAUGCUAUACCAGGAUGCCUUGCGCUUCUACAACGAUCUCGCGGUGUAUCCGCGGUAUGGGGGCACCGUGCUGACCGCUGAGGAAGGGGAACGCAUUGCGACUGCGUUAGGGCCGAAGUGUCGGAGUGUCAUCUUGCAGAAUCAUGGGAUGAUAACGUGUGGGAAAACAGUGGAUGAGGCGACGUUUUUGUUCAUCGCGCUCGAUCGGUGUUGCCAUGCGCAGUUGCUGGCGAAUGCGGCGGUUUGCCCGGGGUUUGAGAAAAGGGUUAUUGAUGAUGAGAUGGCGAAAGUGGGAUACAAACGGAGUGGAAAUUCGAGCAAGAUGUGGCUAGCGUUUCAGCCGUAUUAUGGUCAGGUUGUCAAGGAGGAGCCGGAUUUGAUGGAGUGA